AUGAGCUUGUACUUCGCCAUCAGGCUGCUGCCCGCCGGCCCUCUUGUCCUCCGCUGCGGCCCUCUGGAUGGUGCCUUGCUGGCGGCGUUAGAAGUCGGUGUGCUGGAAUCUGUUCCCAUUAAAAGGUCUGUUACAGAGACCGUGUUUCUAAGCCGUUUGGCUUUAGUAGGCGGUCUGUCCAGAGGCAAAAUGGGACCGGCUCCAAUCUUGAUCCCUAAAACCGAUUCCGCCUCAGCAUUUUUGGCUGGAGCUCCUGUUGACAAUGAGCCUUCCCGACUUGUUUGCGGUUUGCUGGCCGUGGCCUUUGUGGCGCCCAUAACAUAG